AAUAAGGCAAGUGUAUGAAAGAAAAGGUCAUAAAAAGGGCGAGUGAGUGUGUGAGAAUGACUCACCUGUGAUUUUUCACUUCUGCAGUUUGCUUGUCUGGCUUGUUAUGCACAUUAUGGGCGUUACUCGUUCAUUUAUAACGCAUGACUCUAGGGCAGACUUCUCUAUCACACAGGUUUACGUUUGGAACAAGCAUCUUCCAUAAAAUCAGUGAUAUCAUUCAGUCAUGGAUGGCCUCACUCGUGCUAAUAGUUUCUUCGCCCUGGACCUCUAUCGGGCUCUGAGUGCGACCAACGCCGAGGGAAACAUGUUCUUCUCCCCGCUGAGCAUCAGCACAGCGCUUAGCAUGGUCUACUUGGGAGCCCGAGGAAACACUUCCAAAGAAAUGGCAAAGGUUUUGUCCUUCAGUUCUGUCUCUGACGUUCACUCUCAUUUUGCUAUCCUCACCUCAGCUAUCAAUAGUCCUUCAGCCUCCUACAUCCUUAAAUUAGCCAACCGCCUCUAUGGAGAGAAAACCUUCAGCUUCUUACCUGAGUAUUUGGACUCCACUCAGAAGCUGUACCAUGCUGACCUUCAGACCGUGGACUUCAUUGGAUCAUCUGAAGGGUCACGACAGCUCAUCAACAAAUGGGUGGAAGAGCAGACAGAGAAUAAAAUCAAAGAUCUUCUCAAGCCUGGUAUGGUCACUGGAAUGACCCGACUAGCUCUGGUUAAUGCCAUCUACUUCAAAGGGAACUGGCUGCAGAGAUUUAAUGCUCAAGACACUAAAGAAAUGCCAUUCAAAAUAAACCAGAAGGAAAGCCGGCCAGUGCAAAUGAUGUACCAGAUGAAAAAGUUCCCCUUCAACUACAUCCAUGAGCACCGCUUGCAAGUCCUGGAGUUACCAUACGUAAAGGAGGAGCUCAGCAUGUUGGUCCUUCUGCCUGAGGAAACUCAGGAUGGCUCUGACCCUCUUCAGAAGCUGGAACGUGAGCUGACCAAUGAUAAGCUGCUCGAAUGGACCACCAGAAACAAUAUGGACACCCAGACAGAUAUUGUAGUGCAUUUUCCCAAGUUCAAACUGGAAGCUGAGAGCUCCUUAGCAGAAAUAUUGAUGGGGAUGGGUAUGACCUCUGUGUUCCAGGGGCCAAUGGCUGAUCUGACAGGCAUGAGCAGUCAGGGUGGUCUGUUCCUUUCGUCAGUGGCCCACAAGGCUUUUGUGGAAGUAAAUGAAGAAGGCACAGAGGCAGCAGCUGCUACGGCAGGCAUUGUGUCUUUCUGUAUGAUACGCGAGGAGCACUUCAUGGCCGAUCACCCAUUCCUGUUCUUUAUCAGGCACAACCCCACCAACAGCAUUCUCUUCCUCGGCAGAUUCAGAGGCCCAUCUUAAAGAUGCUGUGUCUUCUCUCUUAUACCAAUAAAUAUUAAUCAAAAUGC